AUGCAAAUAUUAUACUUGUGGAGCAUACCGAAAUAUUCAUGGCAAUUAGCGAACGAAAUUGCACUAUCCCCACAGCAAAUCAAAGCUACUUUCAGUAUGGAAUACUAUUGAACACUAAAAUGAGAAAGACAAAAGUGCAAUAUAGCUUAUUGGAAAAUUAGCAAAAAAAUAUUCAGGGAUUCAUUGAUACCAAAAUGCUUUCAGAAACUUCUACAUAGAUAG